GCUGUUCUGCCAGCAGCUGGUGCGCUGCCUGGGCCGCUUCCGCUGUCCGGCCGAGGGCGAGGAGGGCGCGGUGGAGUUCCUGGAGCAGGCCCAGCAGGUGAGCGGGCUCCUGGCGCAGUUGUGGCGUGCGCAGCCCGCCGCCAUCCUGCCCUGCCUGAAGGAGGUGUUCGCAGUCAUCUCCUGCACAGAGGAGGAGCCACCAUCUAGCGCCCUGGCCAGUGUAGUCCAGCACCUUCCACUGGAGCUCAUGGAUGGUGUUGUCCGGAACCUCAGCAAUGACGACAGUGUGACAGACUCCCAGAUGCUGACUGCUAUCAGCAGGAUGAUCGACUGGGUGUCCUGGCCCCUGGGGAAGAACAUUGACAAGUGGAUCAUUGCACUGCUGAAAGGCCUGGCCGCCGUUAAGAAGUUUAGCAUCUUGAUCGAGGUUUCACUUGCUAAGAUUGAGAAGGUUUUCUCCAAGCUGCUGUACCCCAUCGUCCGGGUAGCUGCCUUGUCGGUUCUCAAGUACAUGCUCCUGACUUUCCAGCACUCCCAUGAGGCCUUCCACCUGCUUCUCCCACACAUCCCCCCCAUGGUGGCCUCUCUGGUCAAAGAGGACUCGAACUCGGGGACCAGCUGCCUGGAGCAGCUGGCAGAGCUUGUGCACUGCAUGGUGUUCCGCUUCCCGGGUUUCCCGGACCUGUACGAGCCUGUCAUGGAGGCCAUCAAGGACCUCCAUGUUCCCAAUGAGGACCGGAUCAAGCAGCUGCUGGGGCAGGAUGCCUGGACCUCACAGAGGAGUGAGCUGGCUGGCUUCCACCCGCGGCUUGUGGCCAAGUCAGACACAGGCAAGAUCGGUCUGAUCAACCUGGGCAACACGUGCUACGUGAACAGCAUCCUUCAGGCUCUGUUCAUGGCUUCCGACUUCCGACACUGUGUGCUGCGGCUGACCGAGAACAACUCUCAGCCCCUGAUGACCAAACUGCAGUGGCUCUUCGCCUUCCUGGAGCACAGCCAGAGGCCUGCCAUUUCCCCAGAGAACUUCCUGUCUGCAUCCUGGACACCCUGGUUUAGCCCAGGCACCCAGCAGGACUGCUCGGAGUACCUGAAGUACCUGCUGGAUAGGCUGCAUGAAGAGGAGAAAACGGGGACCAGGAUCUGCCAGAAGCUCAAGCAGUCCAGCACGCCCUCCCCGCCUGAGGAGCCCCCAGGCCCAAGUCCAACCUCCGUGGAGAAAAUGUUUGGAGGCCAGAUAGUGACUCGGAUACGCUGUCUCCGCUGCCUCGGUGUCUCCUCCCGGGAGGAGGCCUUCACGGACCUGUCUCUCGCCUUUCCUCCUCCUGAGCGCUGUCGUCGCCGCCGCUUGGGUUCCGUCAUGCUCCCCUCAGAGGAUGUCAAAGCUCAGGAGCUGUCGUCGCCACCCCAAGCCCAGGUUCCCAGCAGGACUGGGUCCAGGAGGCAAAGGAAACACUGCAUCACUGGGGAGGCGCCCCCCACCGUGCUGGAUGUGGGUGGAAGCCCUGGCUCCCAGGGACCUGGGGGGCAGAACCCGCAGGAGAAGGUGGAGAGGAAGGGGGAAGGGAAGGAGACUGCAGAGGAGGAGAAAGGGGAAAAGGAAGAGGAAGAAAGGGCCAGGGAGAAGGAGAAAGAGGAGGAGGAGGAGGAGGAAAAGGAGGAGGAAAAGGUGGAGAAAGAGCGGGAAAAGGAGGUAGAGAAGGAGCAGGAGGCGGAGCUACAGGAGGCGGGGAAGGAAGAGGACAUCCUGGCGCCAGCACCCCGCACCGCUAUAGCCACCACCAACUCCGGGGAGCAGGCAUAUGGGGCCGAGGGCUCCCGCUCGGUGCUGGACCUGGUCAACUACUUCCUGUCCCCCGAGAGGCUGACGGCCGAGAACCGCUACUACUGCGAGCCGUGCGCCUCGCUGCAGGACGCUGAGAAGGUGGUGGAGCUGAGCCAGGGCCCGCGCUACCUCAUCCUCACACUGCUGCGCUUCUCCUUCGAUCUACGCACCAUGCGGCGCCGCAAGAUCCUGGACGACGUCGCCAUACCCCUGCAACUGCGCCUGCCGCUGGCGGGAGGCCGGGGCCAGGCCUACGACCUGUGCAGCGUCGUGGUGCACUCGGGAGUGUCCUCGGAGAGCGGGCACUACUACUGCUACGCUCGGGAGGGCGCCGCCCGCCCCGCGCCUUCCCUGGGCGCCGCCGAGAGGCCGGAGCCCGAGAACCAGUGGUACCUGUUCAACGACACCCGCGUGUCCUUCUCCUCUUUUGAGUCUGUCAGCAACGUCACCUCCUUCUUCCCGAAGGACACGGCCUACGUCCUCUUUUACCGGCAGCGGCCCAAGGAAGGGCCGGAGGCUGAGCCCGGCUGGCCCAGGACCCGGGCGGAGCCCACUCUGCACAAGGACUUGAUGGAGGCCAUCUCCAAAGACAACGUCCUCUACCUGCAGGAACAGGAGAAGGAGGCCCGGAGCAGGGCGGCCUACAUCUCUGCGCUCCCCGCGUCUCCGCACUGGGGCAGGGGCUUCGACGAGGACAAGGAUGAGGAUGAGGGGUCUCCAGGGGGCUGCAACCCUGCGGGUGGCAAUGGUGGGGACUUCCACAGACUGGUGUUCUGAUGCGAGCCCUCCAGCCCACUCCCACCUGGAGACUGCUUAAGGCCAGGCCUAGGCAGGCCCAGGCAGAGCUGCUCUGUCAGGUGGGGUCUGAGGGAGGCCAUGGAGGGCCCAGGCCUGAAGUAAGCCCUCCUGAGGGCACAGACGAUGGAGAGGGGGCUUCUGGGACACCAGUCUUCAGCCUGAAGGGUACCAGGAGACUCGGACACGGAGGUGAGAUCCAGUCCCUCUGUCCGGACCCUGGGCCCCGUGGAUUGGUCCUAUGAAGAUUUCACACCCAAGUGUCCUGGUGAACUUAAAGCCACAUGGACGGAGGCAGCCUGGACUUGCCCUUGACCACCCAGCGGCGUCUGUGCUGGAAGGCAUGGUGGGCAUGGGGCCCGUGGCUGGGCCGGGCAGCCGGUUCCAGUGCGCUCCCCAUCGUGGGUGUGCCCUCCUGACCUCCCUAGAGGAAAAGCACAGCAGGACCUGAGCCCUUGCACAGAGAAGCGUUGGUGUCACCCGGCCAUCCUCCUGAUGGGGGGGGGGCAGUCAGAGAAAAGGUUUGUGGGUGCCUUUGGGGGCCAGCACCGUGUUCACGGUUUUGAGGCACAGGUGGGAGGCAGCCUGGAGCGUCUUGGAGCCCUGUCUCCCGCUCAGUUCUCCUCUGUCUCCCUCCCUUCCCUUCCAUGAGCAGCGCUCAGCCCCCUCUCAGUGGGAGGCCCUUCACCCUGCACCCCUGACCCCCCAGCCUGCCUCAGUGCCUGAGAUGCUGUCCCCGCAUCCCCUCCCAGUGAAGGUAGGGUCCUUAUCUUAUUGCAGAGAUGUCUGUUUCCCAUGAAGCCUCAUCAGUGCCCAGGAGGCUGCUGGCUGGGCUGUUCCUCUGAGCCAAGGGGCUGCUGGCGUUGUGAGAGCAGCCAUACCUCAGGGUGGGUGUCUGGUGAAGCAGGAUGCGACUUUGGGCCCUGCUGCCGCUCUAGUCCCUUUUCCAUGCAGAGAGCAGACCCAUGUUACCAAGAAUAAAGUUCAGUUGUCUGAAGC